AUGUCAUUGAGUACAUCACCUACCGCCCCAUCUUUACUCAUCCCAUCCAACCCAGCAUUCUCACCUGUCGAAACGGCUCCCAAGGGAGGUAUAUUAAUCAAUGUCCAUCGAGCCUCCGAACCCACCCUAUCUAUCGAUUCUUCAUUGGGAUCAUAUAACACACAUGCUAGACGACCUUCAGAUCCAUCAUCGAUAAUCAGUGAGAAAGAGGAAAUUGCAUCUUCCUACUCGCACUCGCCGAUCCCUUCACCAAUCUCAGGUGUUCACACGCCCAAUGUUAAUGCCAAAUCGUUGAAAAUUCGAUUCGCACCCUUACCUGAUCCUCGAAGACCCCGAAGUCUAAGUACAGGAAGGAAUAUAGCUUGGACAAACCAAGUAGAUGAGAAUGGUGAUGAGAAGAGACAAUUGUCUAUCAAAGAUCAUACAACCCCAGAUGAUGAUGAAUAUGCGGUACAAGAUGAUUCGGAUGAAGAAGAACAAGGAGGAGAGGAGUAUGAAGGAGAUGGUAAAUCCGGUAGGAGGUGGAGUAAGAGUAUGGGUUUGAGCAGUAGUUGGAAAGUAUCAAAGAAACUUCUGACAGGUAAAAAUCCAAUCAAGGAUAAAGAGAAAGAUAAGGAAGAUGGUUCCAUGAGUUAUCCACAGGGUGCACCGUUGAAGAAGAGUGUUAGUACAGGUGGAUUCAUUGGGUCCUCUCCAUUCCGAUGGACGUCCGAGACAGAACGGAAAACCAGUAUGCAAGGCUCUUCCCCACCUACCGUCACUUCUUUCCUAUCAUCACGUUCAAACUCCAAUCCGAAUACUGCUUCUGGUCAUCGACGUAAUUCAUCCUUGGAACCUGGUACAGGAUCUUCCUACAGUAGUAGGCUGAGUAGCUCCCCUUCUACCACUCCGAUCAAAAUGAUGAAUGGACGGGUGUACGGGUCGAGGAGAGCAUCGGAAGCUGCCGAGCGAGAGAGGAAGAUCAGGGAGAAGAAUGAGCCUGCUUUUGUUGAGUGGGGACAGGGUCAGGUAGCACAGCGUACUACCGAGGAAUCAUCGGGUAAAGGAGGGUUCCUGGGUGAUAACGAUGAUGGAGGUGGGAUGGCUUGGGUGAAGAGACGUAGAGAAGAGAGAGAAAGACAGAAAAGAGAAAAGGAGGAACAAGAGAAAUUGCAAAGUGAACAAGGUGUUCCAGAAGGAGAAGGACAGGAGAAUGUUAAAGAUGAUAUUGGAGUGGAAGAAGCAUUAUCAACAAGCUCUUCGUCCUCUACUUCUUCAUUGGAUCUGAAUUCGAAGAAACCGGCUUUGGGUAUCAAUACUGGUGAUCUCAAGACUCCAGCUAUCGAAAUAUCGGAAUUACCCCCCACACCUACUAUACGAGUGUCGGCAGAUUCUGAUAAUACCUCGAACUCACCCAGUACCAACUCGCAUGGUCAACCGGAAUAUACGAAAUCCACUAUGAACAUGGACGUGGGACCAAAAGGAGAGAGAAUGACACCUACACCACCUAACGUAUCUUCAGAAGCUAUACAUGCCCCUAAAGCCUUGGUGGACGAGAGGAAAGAAGGUGAUCAUGUGGUUCAAGCUAUGAGGAUCCCUUCAGGAACGACUGCUCAGAAAUCGAAUAAAUUGAAGGAUCCUUUCGCUCAAGAGAGUCAAGCGAAUGAGAAUCCCAGUGAUGAAGAGGAAGAAGAGGAGGAGGAAGAAGAGGAGGAAGAAGAUGAUGGUGAUUUCGAUGAUGAUGAAGAGGAAGAAAUUGACAUCAGGACAACUUCGAGUGCCGCUGGUGUAGAAGUUAUAAGUCGCCACAAGUAG